AUGCUGAGGAAAUUGGUUUCCAUUGCUGAAGGGACGUUGCGACGACUAGCUGUGGUUAUGACGAUUCCAUUUCUUCUGGUGACAAAUGGACCGAAGGACAAUUGGUGUGGUUCAUUCUCAUUCGUAGCUCCAACUUGUUUGGAGAGUGAAAGAUGCUGUAGCAAUGUGGUAGUGAUGAAUACUGGUAGUAGACGUACGAUUUGUAAAAAAUGGAAUUUCAGAAAAUUCUCAAAUCGGCAGUUUAUCUACUAUUGGAGAAAGGAGGAACAUGGUGUGAGGCCAUGGAGAGUGUUUGUAUCAAAGCCAGCACAAAAAAAAGUGAAUCAAGAAAAAGGGAAAAUAAUAGUAAAUAAAAAAAAAAGGGAAGAAAAAUUGAAAAACAAGAUUAGUAAAAAUGUUGAAUUUAAAAAUUCAUCAAAAUAUAAAAUUAUUGAAGAUUUAAUUGAAGGAUACCCAUAUACAACCUUACCUGUCCCAAUGCACUUGAUAGAAAAGGAACCAUUUAUAAUUCUAAAAGAAAAAAUAAAAGCAAAAUAUUUAAAAGGGUAUGAAUUACCAUUCGGUUUAAUUGAUCCUGUAAAAUAUGAAUUACUGAAACUUAUUGGGAAAUUGUGUGAUCCAUUUAAAAAUUUGUGUUGUCAUUCAUUGACACCUAGACUUUUUAUUGAUAAACUUUUUAAAAAUCGACCAGAAAUAUCGUAUGAUGAUUUCUGUUAUAGAAUUGAAUACAAGUUAAGAUUUUUAAUGCCAUCUUAUACAGAAAUGUUUAAGUAUGAAAAAGAGUUACUAUGGAAACAAUGGAUAGCUGUACGCAAUUUAAAGGAAGUGUCCCCAGAAACACCUCCAGAUGAUAAUGAACGGGUUCAAAAAAUUCUAAAAGAAGAUGAAACUACUAUACUAAUUGCUAUGAUAAGAGUAAAUCGUGAGAUAAAUAAUCAAGGUAUCCAUCCAUCUAUUUUAAAAAUGUUCUUCGAUUUUUUAAAUGUUGAAAAAUGCCCUCUUGUUCUCAAACGUGAUAAUGCUUUCUUAAAAUUAGAAACAAUCAUGCAUAGACUUAAAAAUAGAGAAUUUCUGGAAGGUAUUAAACCUGAUUACAUCUACUUUAUGUUGAAUCAAAAAGCUCAACAAUACUUCAAUAAUUUUGACAAGGAAGAAUUUGAAAAAACAUAUCAUGAUUCACUUAAUUAUAACGCGAUGAAACAGAAUAUCAUCAAUCAAAAUAAACUCUACAAGCAAGAAAGAAGGCUAUUCUCACAGAAGACUAAGAAUUCCCUAAUGAAAUUUUAUGACAUCCAACUCCCCACUUUCUUUAAGGAAUACAUCAAAAAAAAGGAACACAACUAUAAGCUCAUUCAAGACAAAAUUAAAAGAAUGAUUGAUAACAAAUAUCUAAAGAGGAAAACCAGGAGAGAAGACAUUCUUGCCGGUCGCAUUGUCCCACAGCCGAUUACUCUCGAUGCAGAAGGGGACAACAAGACACAACUACGCAAGAAGAAGAAAAAGAAGAAGAAGUGA